AUGUCCCUUACUCAGCGUCUAUCCAGGCCGCUGCCUGUCAGCGCACGCCCUGCCGACGACGACGAUGGCAUCGUCAAGGCAAUGCGACCUGUCCCAAUCACUCAAAUGCAACGGGGCCGGAUCAACCUUCCGACAACCGCCUUGACAAAGCUCUCGCUCGCCCGUUUCAUCGGUGCUCUCAUAGAUGUCGCCCCCCAUGUCCUCGUCACCAUUGUCGGGGUAGAAAGGCUGCUGAUCGACUGGUGGUUCUAUCUCGCCUCUGAGGGCGCGCUCCCGGCGUCAAGGGCAGUGGUGAGGGAAGAGGUGAUCAAAGCAAAGAUGACGGGUGGGAGAAAGCCGAGGGUGUUGAGGCGCACGGCGGUCGGAAGAGUUGGGGGAAGACGAGGGGAUAUGCAGUGUGUAGGGGGAACGAUGUUGUAG